UUUUAAUUACUCUGGUAAAUUAAAUUGAGUAAAAGAAGACCAAAGGAAUUAAGUAAAUUUUGAUAUAUGACCAUUUAAUUGAUUGUUUUUCCUGAAUUACUGUUUGUGGAUAAGGUGCCCUGAGAGAAAGUAAACAUGGCAUCCGUCAAAUCAGGUGGGCACCAUCCCCGGGAGCCAGGUGUCAGCGUUAGUAAAUUACGGAUGCUUUUUGAUCCAUCAAAAUCCGGAUCUACACCAUCAACUGCCCAAUCUGUUACUACUCAAAAUUCUAGUAAUGGAACAUCAAAACCACCUAUUGCGCCACGUACAGAGUUUUCGAAAAGUGUGGGAAAAAGAGCUCCAGGAGGUGACUAUAAAGACACAAUAAAUUUAGACCCCAAUACAUCCAUAAAAAUAAUUGAGAAACCCAGUAUUAAACACCAAGGUGUAUUCAGUAAUAGGCGUGCAUUCUUUGAAAAAGCAGACAGUCCACCCCCUGUUCGAAAAUUUGUGACUGGAAGCAUUCCUCCAUCAAGCCCUCAAAUGGUACAUAAACGUAUAAUCCCAUCGCUUCCUGAUAAACAGGUAAAACCUGAACCAGUUAAAAGACAGAAACUAGAUAGCAGCAAUAAUAAAGAAAGGAUUGAACAUAAGCAUGAUAGUGGAAUUUCACUUGAUGAAAAAGUAAACUUAAAGAUGUCAGACCCAGAGUCAAAACAUCAUGGUGUCAGACUAAGUUCAUCAGACAGUGAUGGGGAUCCUUUUGAUGAAAGACGAAAUCGUAUACAAAAUUCUUCCAACAUAAUAAAAUCAAAUGAUAGGGAUGUUGAACCGGUUAAAAAAGCACCUGAAGUAACAAGAAGGUUUAGAAAGAACUCACGAUCACCUGAUGAUGGCACUAAAAGACGAAGUGUCACGGAUCCUCCACCAUUUAUGAAAGGAACUCAUGACAUCCAUCACGUAGCAGCCCCAACAGUUAAAAAACGCGGACUAAGUGCAUCAGAAUUGAUAAGCCUAGACAGUCAAAACCAACGGAAAAGCGGAUCGUCUGAGAGAUCCAGCUCAGUUAUGUCAGACGAUUCAGAGCUUUAUGAGUCAUCGGUUAGACAACAUGAAUUUAUUUCUCCAGUUGAUGACGAGUUUAAAGUGACAGUAAAAACUAAUGAGAAAGUACAAUCAGAUAUCCCUCGACAUAUUGACCAUCAAGAUAAUCAGAAUAACACUGUAUAUUCAAAAGAUAUUUCUAGUUCUGUUGAAAAUGUACAUUCCUGUAAAACAACCAUGGACAAUGAGCAGCAGCAGAAUGAGAAAGAUGAUGAAGUUCUCAUGGAUACCUCUACAGAUGACUUGAAAACCCCUCCUUCUUUCAUUGAAGACAAUACACCAGAAAAACUAGAUGACCUAACAAAAACAGCAGAUUUUAUAAAUGAGGGGGAGAGGGAGGAUGUUGAGACCGAGGAGGAAGAUCCUUCUGAAAAGGGGGUAAAUGAAUCGGGAAUGAUUCAGAUCGGAAUCACUGUGGAAGAAACCGGGGACUCUGACGAGGAAGAAGAAUCAGAUGGCAAUAGAAGUGAUGUGUCGGAGAUUGGAUCGUCUGAUUAUGAAUACACAGUGAAUGUUGAAGAUGAAAUGGAUGAGGAUGAAAUGGAAAAUAAGCAAAACAACAGAUUAGAGGAGGAGGAAGAACAAGAAGAAGUAAAAGAACUUGAGGAACACUUACCUGAGCCUUAUGAAGUGGGAGGCUUAAGCCCUGAAAACACGGACAUUAUCGAUUCUGGUGAAAUUAAACGGAAACGAACACUUAUAUUUAGUACAAGACCAAUUAUGUCCCCUAGCUCUGUGGCAUAAUUCCAGUGCUACCUUUACUCUAAACUCUGGCCCUUGGUUGUUGUAGCUAAGGUCUCACAAAAGGACACAACGGGGAGUUGGAUGGCCGAGCGGUUAAGGCAAGGGCACUGCAACCUACAGCCAUAAAUAUCAGCACUGGUUCAAAUGGCACGCUCGCCUAUGGUUCUGGUGGUGGAACAAGUCUUCUUGGAUAAGGACUAUAAACCAUAGGCCCAGCGUACACAGUUUGGCUCGUGCACACUUAAAAGAACCCAGUACAUCUUUUGUGACAAGUAGGGGGUUACCCCGGUAUACUGGUCCAUACAGCCCCUGGUACAUACAGUUAGAGUAGUUGGUACCUGUUUACCGGGUAGCUCAGACAUGAAGGGACUCUUGGGGAGAAGCAAUUUACUGUACGGGCUAGUGCACGCCAUGAGUUUUUUUAGACUUCUGUAUAAAGCGCUAUAUAAAUCGAACUGCAUUACACAUGACGGUGUAAAAACAUAUGCAAAUUCCUACGUUUGUGGAAAGGUCAAUUGUGAAUGCUCCUCUGUAGCUCUGGUAUGAUUCCAAUUCUGAAUGCUGUCCUCUAUUUGUACAACAAUAACAUUGUUUAAGGUUGACUUAAAUCAUGGAGGUAUUAUAGUAAAAUACCUCCAUGCUUAAAUAGCAA